AUGUCCGGUGUCACCUGGUGGGAGUGCUGUGCCGUGGGGCGGGAGGGUCCGAGUGCUCUGUGCUCUGGAAAGCCUCCCUGGCUGGGACAGAUCCCCUCAGCCUCCGGAUCCCCUCAGGUCCCAGAUCCCGCCAGCUCUCGGAUCCCCUCAUCUCCCGGAUCCCCUCAGGUCCCAGAUCCCGCCAGCUCUCGGAUCCCCUCAUCUCCCGGAUCCCCUCAGGUCCCAGAUCCCGCCAGCUCUCGGAUCCCCUCAGCUCCCGGAUCCCCUCAGGUCUCAAAACCCCUCAUCUCCCGGAUCCCCUCAGCUCCCGGAUCCCCUCAGGUCCCAGAUCCCGCCAGCUCUCGGAUCCCCUCAUCUCCCGGGUCCCCUCAGCUCCCGGCACGCCGGCUCCGGGGAGCCUCGUGCGGCUGCGCCGGGGCUCGCGGCCGGCAGGAGGCGCCGGCGCGCAGCAGAGGCCGCUCAUGCGCCGUGAGGCCCCGCGGCGCGGCCAUGGCGGAGCGGGACGGGCGCGGAGGCGCCGGGAGGGCGGCGGGCGGCGGGAAGAUGUCCCUGCACAGGUGUGAAACCUGUAGCAAAGAAGAAGCUAAGUACAGAUGUCCACGAUGCAUGAAAUAUUCGUGCAGCCUGUUGUGUGUAAAGAAACAUAAGCUUGCCCUGAGCUGUAAUGGAGUCAGGGAUAAAACAGCAUUUGUCUCUGUAAAUGAAUUUACUGACUUGAACCUUCUGAGUGAUUAUCGUUUCCUGGAAGAUGUAGGAAGGACAGCUGAUGCUGCUGCUCGACAUUGUAUUGUGCAUAGUCCAGCAACAAAGAGACUUUUAUACUGCUUGAGGAACAAAGCUCGAGGGUGUAAUAUUGAGCUAAAAACACUGCCUGUUGGAUUUACAAAAAGAAGAGAAAAUUCUACCACCUUCAAUUUCGUGGAGAACAAGUUCUACUGGCAUUUGAAGCUCAUAUUUCCUCACUGUCAUGCUGAAUACACUUUAAAAGGGGUGCCUGAUGAUAAAACACUUGCUGAUAUCCUCAAGCCAUAUAUUGAUCCAGUGGAGUCAGAUCCUGUCGUUUGUCAAAGAUUAAAAAUCUAUACAGCAUCUCCUCAAUCAGAUGUACGAAUUUUAAUGAAAAUAGAAAACAGGAGCCGAAACUCUAUCAGGUACAAUGAACUGGAUUCCAGUAGAAGCCUUCUAGACAAUCUGAAAGGCAAAGUAAUAAUUGAGUAUCCAACAUUAUUUGUGGUCUUGAAAACACUGAAGAAUGACAUGGUGGUUCUUGGCCAAGAUGGCAGUGAAGCUGCAGAGAACUCAGACAGUGAAAGUUCAUCCCUUUCCUCUGUGGAAGAAGGGGAGAUUCGGGACAGUUCAUGACAAUUCUUUGAGAGAAGGGGGUGGAAUGAGCUUUUAUUUUUUUAUUAUUUAAUUAAAUUUUUUUAAUACAACUAAGUUCCUAGAGGUUUGGCUUAACUUCAUUUGCUGAAGGUAGCACUCUCAAAGUGCUUGACUAUUUUUGGAUUUUGUAAUGCAUAUUUUGGGAUGUAAAUAAAAGGAUGGGGCAUUGUGGUUCCAGGAAAAAAAAAUAUUCUAAUUUAAUUGCAGUCUUUAAUUGCACCAUUGUUUUUCCUUUUCCCUAACCAGCUCAGUGCCAAAUUUUUGGGUUUAAAUAUCUGAUUACAUAUUUGUAUUUAUAUGUGGAUUUGAGUCUUAAUGCUUAAAUUCACUGGAAAAAAAGUGCAGUUAUUUCAUUAUAUCAAUAUCCUUUUACAGUAUUUCUGUGUAAUACUGAGCUGCUGAAAAUGGUCUUAUGUUACUUUUGAUCUUCUCUGGUGACAUUUUGGAUGCUUGUCGCAUUUUUUUUUUUCCCUGUUCCUUAAUUGGUUGCAUCUUGUUUCAUGUGUUAAUGGACAGGUCAGACUGUUUCAGGGUGGCAUGUUGCAGUGUGUUUAGUCUUCUCUCCAGAUCUUCUAAAUUAGCAUGGGUUUUUAAAUCCAUAGAAAUGGAUGCAUUAACUGGCACUAAUGCAAAUAACACUGGUCUUCUAAAGAAUGCUUGUGUUACACAUCUCAUAUUCCUAGUACCUACUGAAGUUAGGUAUUGUAAAUACUUACUGGCAUAUCAGCUAAAUUUGCCUACUUAAAUAAAUCAUAAAGGAAAAAUAA